CCUCAACUCUUCCGACAUCAAGCACACGGGCUUUGAGGAAGUUCCACGUCACAUUUGUCUGCUGUGCAGUAAACUCCAGCCAAAACAACAACAACAAAAAAACACAUCAGCGCUCGGUGGAUGAUCUAAAUAUUUGCAGCUGAAGGAGACAAAAAGCAAACAUGCCUCUCAGGCUGGACAUCAAGUGCAAUCUUCAAAGCAUAUUCUGGAACAACCAUGUAAACACAACUCGCCAACCAGAUUCCUCUGAAACAAAGGCCAGUAGAGUAUAAAAGCCCAGGUGCACCCUCCUCUCUUGACCUGUAACUACCCAAAGGAUAGAGCACAUCGCAAAACCAUGCCUGCAGAUUUUAAUGGAAAAUGGGAGUUGGAGUCAGGCGAAAACCUUGAGAAUUACCUUAAAGCACUGGAUGUUGAUUUUGCCAUCCGCAAGAUUGCUCCCCACCUCACUCCAACAAAGAUCUUUGUCCAGGAUGGAGACAACUUUGUGAUUACAACACAGACCACCUUCAAGAGCUUUGAGCAGAGCUUCACCAUUGGAGUUGAGAAGGAAAAAUUUACUAAAGAAAUUGACAACAGGAAAAUAAAGACACUGGUCAACUGGGAAGGGGACAAACUGGUGGCCAUACAGAAAGGUGAGAAGGCCAACCGCGGAUGGAAACACUGGAUAGAAGGAGGCAAACUUUAUCUGGAGCUGACAUGUGAAGAAGUUGUUUGCCAUCAAGUCUUCAAAAGAAAAGACUAGCGGACGUGAUUAUUGUCAUGUGUUUUGUCACUUUUAUUUUGCUGUUCUUGAAAGGCUAUCAAAGUCCAGGGCUGGCAAUCUAAUUGUUAACUUCCUCAGGAGUUGAAAUUAACUCACAAUGUGACACUUUCAACACUUCUGUAUGAUUUGUUUCCUUGUGUAUCAAUAAAGAUACAGAAUGACAUUGGUCUCAUUUGUU